UAGUAAACUUUGGUCCUUUAAUUUCGGAUCCCUCAGUUCAUAUAUAUCCCUUAGUUCAUGAUCACCAUUCUCAACUUUGAUUUUCGAUCAAAUACUGAUUUCUCUUUUGUCUUCUGUGCUGCUCUUAAUUUCUUCCCAAGUAUGGCUGAGCAAAUUCCAUAUAAUGUUGCUGCAAGCCUCAUAAACACGUUGGCUUCUGCAGCCUUUCGUGAACUCGGACGGGUUUAUGGUGUCAUGGAUGAGUUGGAAAGUCUUAAGAGGACAGUUGAAUCCAUCAAAGCUGUGCUCCUUGAUGCUGAGGAGAGGCAAGAACGAGAACAUGCUGUCCAACUCUGGAUAACAAGGCUCAAAGAUGUACUUUAUCCUGCUGAAGACGUGCUUGAUGGAUUUGCCAUUGAGGAUAUGAGGCACAAUGUGAACUCAGGUAACAAUAACAGAGUGAAAGAGGUAUUUCAUUCCUUAUCUCCUAACCGACUUACUUUUCGUCUGAAAAUGGCUCAUAAAAUUGAAAAAUUACAGAAAAAGUUCAAUGAUGUAGUGCAAGAAAUGUCUAUAUUGACUUUAAACCCAAGAACUCUGGUGGUUGAGCAAACGCACGGUGUGAGUGUGAGUGUGAGAAGAGAGACUGCUUCCUUUGUGUUAGCAUCAAAUAUCGUUGGGAGGGAAGAUAGUAAAAGGGUGAUUAUAAAUUUGUUGAGGGAACCAAAUGAAAGUCUAAACAUUUCCGUGGUUGCAAUUGUUGGUAUUGGGGGGUUAGGCAAGACAGCUCUUGCUCAAUUGGUGUAUAAUGAUGUGGAAGUCAAUGAUAUUUUUGAAAAGAAAAUGUGGAUAUGUGUUUCUAAUAACUUUGAUGUCAAAACUAUUGUUAGGAAUAUGUUGGAGUCAUUAACCAGUAACAAAAUUGAUGAUAAGCUAUCAUUAGACAACUUGCAAAAUAAGCUUCGUGAAAUCUUAAGUGGUAAGAAAUACUUGUUAGUCCUGGACGACACUUGGAAUGAGAGUCUUGAAAAAUGGUCUCAAUUCAAAACUUACUUGAUGUGCGGGGAUCAAAAUAGUAAGGUUUUAUUGACAACUCGUAGUAAAAUUGUGGCACAAACAAUGGGUGUAGAAGUCACUCAUGAUUUGAAUGGUUUGAAUCUUGAGGAAUCUUGGAGUUUGAUGAAGAAAAUCACAUUUGGGGAUGAUUGUACGAGAGUGAGUCGAACUCUCGAAUCAAUGGGUGAAAAGAUAGCGCAAAAAUGUAGAGGAGUUCCGCUAGCUAUUAGAACACUUGGGGGGCUAUUACAAGGUAAAAAUGAAGAACAUGAAUGGAUGAAUGUUUUACGAGGUGACUUUUGGAAAUUAUGUGAAGAUGAAGAUAGUAUCAUGCCUGUCCUGAAACUAAGUUACCAAAACUUGUCAACUCAAAUGAGACAGUGUUUUGCUUACUGUGCUUUGUACCCUAAGGAUUGGGUAAUUCAGAAGAAUGAGUUGAUUGAAUUGUGGAUGGCACAAGAUUAUCUUCAAUGUUCAAAUGAAGUUCAACUGAUGUAUGAUGUUGGUAACAAAAUUGUAAAGACUCUCUUGAUGAAGUCAUUUAUUCAGGAUGUUAAAAUGACUAGAAUUGGUGAUAUAAAUAGUUUCAAGAUGCAUGAUUUAAUGCAUGAUCUUGCAACACAAAUAGCUGGAAAUGAUUGUUUUUGCUGCUUGGAUGGUGGCCUAAAGAGAGCUAAAGGAAGACCCAUGCAUGUAUGGUUGGGAGCUGAUGUUGAUGCAAUUUGUUUGUUGAACUCAUUGGACGCGAGUAGGCUGCGAACUUUGAUCAUAGAUAAGGCAAACUCAUCCGGCUGGGCUCCUCAAAACGAGAUAGAGCCUUUUAUUUCUAAUUUCAUACACUUGCGCUCCUUGAGUUUUAAGUGUUAUAUUCAAAAGGUGCCUCAUUCAAUUGGAAAAUUGAAGCAUUUAAGAUAUCUUGAGCUAUUAGGGGAGAACUUUGAAGGAAGAGAAUCACCUCCCAAAUCCACAAGAAAGCUUGUUUGCUUACAAACGUUGCGAUUGAGUGGAGAUUUACAACUUGAAUUUUCUAAAAGUGUUAGCUCAAAAUUAAUCAACUUGAGACAAGUUCACAUAUAUGCUUCAAGUGUGUUAUAUCCAAAGUGGAUUUCUUCACUCACUAAUAUUGUUGAAAUCUCUCUUGCACAAUGUCGAUAUGUCUGUUGUAUCCCACCAUUAGAACGUCUCCCUUUCCUUAAGUUGCUAUGUCUAGAGAAACUUAAUAAACUGGAACACAUAUAUUUGGAAGAGGGGUUUUCUUGUGGAACACAUACAUUCUUCCCAUCUUUAGAGAGACUCAAUUUAAAGAACUGUCAUAGUCUCAGGGGAUGGUGCAGGAUGGGAGGUAAUUUUGAUGAAGCUCUCUCGUUGCCCUCCUUUCCUCGUCUUUCUCAUUUAUCAAUCCUAUAUUGUGGGAGUUUGACUCGCAUUCCUACUUUUCCAAACCUUGAUAAGUGUUUGACAUUGUCCGGUUGUCCUCUGAACUCAUUGGAAGCAACACUAAACAUAGCAGCAUCAUCGGUUGACUUCACUCCUCUUUCCAGCCUCAAAUUCUUGUCUAUUCACGAACAACUCUUGGAAGAACUGCGAGUGAAUUGGAUGAAAAAUCUCACUUCUCUUCAACAUAUUUGUGUUGAAGACUUUUCUGGUCAAGCAUUUAAGGGUGUCCUUCACUGGUUUCCUUCUCUGAAACAAAUUGAUAUAUGUAAUUCCCGAAACCUUGAGGCCUUGCCAGAGUGGAUGUGCAACCUCUCAUCGCUUCAGCACAUCAAAAUUGCAGGUUGCUAUUGGUUGGCAUCUUUGCCUGAAGCAAUGCCUCGUCUUACCAACUUAAAAACUCUAGAAAUCAUUAAAUGUCCUCGCUUGAUUCAAGAAUGCAAGACUGUAGCAAGCCACAAAAUUGCUCACAUCCCAAACAUAAUUGUAUUACUGGAGACACCCAAAGGACCUGAAUCACUUCCCAAAUCCACAGGAAAUCUUGUUUGCUUACAAACAUUGCGACUGUGUGGAGAUUCAGAUAUUGGUUUUUCUGAGAAUCAUCUUGAAUUUCAAUUCUUAUCAAGGCAGCAAACAUGGCAGGAAAUGGAAGUUCUCUUUAAGGAUUACUUUCACUGUUUUCCUUCUCUGAAAAAAAUCAUCAUAAAGUAUUCUGAUGACCUUGAGGCCUUGCUAGAGUGGAUGUGCAACCUCUCAUCGCUUCAGCACAUCAAGGUUAUUCUUUGCUAUAGUUUGAGAUAUCUGCAUGAAGCAGUGCCUCGUCUUACCAACUUAAAAACCGUAGAAAUCAUUCAUUGUCCUCGCUUGAUUGAAGAAUGCAAGAAUGAAGCAAGCCACAAAAUUGCUCACAUCCCAAACAUAAUCUUACAAGAAAGAGCUUAUGAUAAGGCUGCUAUAAAAUGCAAUGGAAAGGAAGCUGUGACAAACUUUGAGGUUUCUCAGUCUGAUAAUGAAGAUAAUAAGCAGAGUUUUGAUCUUAACUUGGGCAACAUGUGUUCCUUGUGGGUGAUUAAUUCAAAGUGGAAUUCUUGGCUCGCAAAUAUUGUUGAAAUAUCUCUCAUAAAGUGUAACACUGGCCGCACUAUCCCACCAUUGGAACACCUCCCAUUCCUCAAGUCACUCUUCAUAUGUUAUCAUGGUGAAUUGGAAUUCAUAUAUUUUCAAGAUGGCAGAAGAACAUUCUUCCCAUCUUUAGAGAAACUCUGUUUUAUUGGCUGUAAGUAAUCGUCUCAGGGGAUGGUGCAAAAUGGGUGAUGAUUUUGAUAAUGCUGACUAUUUACGUCAUCUCUCAUUGCCCUAAUUUCCCCGACUUUCUCAUUUAUCAAUCCGAAAUUGUGAGGAGUUGAUUUGCAUGCCUACUUUGAUAAGAGUUUGACCGGGGAUCCAUUGGAAGCAACACUAAACAUGUGCAUUGACUGUCACGUUUGAAGUCCUGAAGAAUUGGAUGAAAAAUCUUACAUCUCUCCAACAUCUUCGUUUUGAACACUUUCCUGGUCAAGCAUUGCACAAAAUGGAAAAGAAUUGAUAUGGAUUAUUCUGGAGACCUGAAGGCCUUGCCAGAAUGGAUGUGCAACCUCUCAUCACUUCAGCACAUCAAGGUUAUCAGUUGCUGGGAUUUGUUAUAUCUGCCUGAAGCAAUGCCCCGUCUUACCAACUUAAAAACCCUACAAAUCAUUCAAUGUCCUAACUUGAUUGAAGAAUGCAAGAAUGAAGCAAGCCACAAAAUUGCCAAACAUAAUUUUGAGAUAAAGCCUACCAGAAUGGUACCGAUGGACUCUCACAGAAAGCGAAUGGGAAUCAUAUUAGUCUACAGAAAUUGAAACAAAUCAUCACGGGACAGUGGAACAAGAAUAAAAGAGUGCAAUAUUGUUCCCGGAUGAUAUAAAUUCUCAGCUCCAAGAACUCUUGGAGAAGUGAGGCUUAGAAUUUAAGCAGUGGAAACAAGUCAUUCUAGCUCUACAAUAGCAGGUUUCUUCUCUCACUCAUCAGGUCAAGCUUGGAUCAUGAGUAUUCAACAAAAGCGAGCCUCCAAGGUUAUGGAAGCUUUCUAACUAAUCACAUUCCCGGGAUAAUGCUACAAUCUAUUGGGCAUGAGAUAGAAGGAAAAUCAAAGAGAAUUGUCGGGUUGUUUGUGAAGUUGAACAGUGGAGACAUCUCCAAAAAUGCUGCUGAUAAGCUCCUUCAGCUUUGUCAGGAGUUAGACAAUGGUGAUUUUGGCACUCCCUACAAAUUCAGGUCAAAGGCUCAUUCAGCAAAAGCAGGCCUCCAAGAAAACAAUUGGAAGUUCUCUAUGAAAAUUGUAAUUAUAUAAAGGAUUUUAGGUCAUGGAAACCAAUCCAAAUCCCUAAUGAAGAACCAAGGAAAAUGUCUAUUGAGUUUUUAUUAAGUGAUUGUAUCAUUUUAGAGCUUGACACUCCCUGCAAUGCCAAGUCAAAAUCCAGGAUUGCUCAGAGAGAUGAGGAGACAAUGUUUUGUGAUACACUUAUCUCAAAACUCAUGGGGUUGGCAAUACAGUAUAGCUGCAACUCUUUGUUAUAUAUGUGCUGGAAAUAAUGAUAAAACAGUUGAAAUUUGGUCAAGGAACCUGUCAGUUGAGCAUGAGGUUUGAGGGGAAAUCUUAUGCUGCCCUUCUUCUGCCUGAAGCAAUGCCUCGUCUUACCAACUUAAAAACCCUAGAAAUCAUUCAAUGUCCUCGCUUGAUUGAAGAAUGCAAGAAUGGAGCAAGCCACAAAAUUGCUCACAUCCCAAACAUAAUCUUACAAGAAGGACCAGAAGGGCUAGAAAGUGGUCUAUUCUAAACACCUUACCAUAGAAGAUGGAAGAUGAUUUUGAUUUCAGAUGAUUUUAAGUAACUAUUCACCUUAUCUCUCGUUGAAAGUCAAAACACUUCAGUGGUUGCUAUUGUUGGUAUUGGUGGUUUAGGAAAGACUGCUCUUGCUCAACUGGUAUAUAAUGAUGCUGAAGUGAACAACGUUUUUGAAAAACGAAUGUGGGUAUGUGUUUCUGAUAACUUUGAUGUCAAAAUGAUUGUGAGGAAUAUGUUGGUGUCAUUAACCAAAGAAAAAAUUGAUAAUAAUUUACCAUUACAGAAGUUGCAAGAUGAUCUUCUUGAAAAGUUAAGUGGUAAAAAAUACUUGUUAGUCCUUGAUGACACUUGGAAUGAGAGUUAUCAAAAAUGGACUCAAUUGAGAAAAUACUUGAUGUGUGGUGCUCAAGGUAGUAAGGUUUUAGUAACAACUCGUAGUCAAAUUGUGGCACAAACAAUGGGUGUACAAGUCAUUCAUGUUUUGAAUAGUUUGACUCUAGAAGAAUCUUGGGGGCUGUUAAAGAAAAUUACAUUUGAGGAUGAUGCCACACAAGUUAGUCAAAGUCUAGAAUCAAUUGGUGAGAAGAUAGCAGAAAAGUGUAGAGGAGUUCCACUAGCUAUUAGAACACUGGGAGGCCUACUACAGAGUAAAAGUGAAGAAAGUGAAUGGAUGAAUGUUUUACAAGGUGACUUUUGGAAAUUAUGUGAAGAUGAAGACAGUAUAAUACCUGUUCUGAAACUGAGUUACCAAAACUUAUCGCCUCAAAUCAGACAAUGUUUUGCUUAUUGCUCUUUAUAUCCUAAGGAUUUGGAAAUUGAGAAGGAUGAUUUGAUUGAAUAGUGGAUGGCACAAGGUUAUCUUCAAUGCUUAUAUGAAAAUCAACCCAUGGAAGAUGUUGGUAACCAAUUCGUAAAGAUUCUCUUGAUGAAGUCAUUUUUUCAAGAUGUAAAAAUGACUAAACAAGGUGAUAUAAAGAGUUUCAAGAUGCAUGAUUUGAUGCAUGAUGUUGCGAUGCAAGUUGCUGGCAAUGAUUGUUGUUGCUUAGAUGGUGAUGGCAUAAAGAGACUUGAAGGAAGACCCAUGCAUGUAUGGGUUGGACCUAAUGCCGUUGAUUUGUUGGGCUCAUUGGAUAAGAGGAGGGUGCGAACUUUGAUUUUAGGGGAUUUUGAAUUGAAUGAGAAGGAACAUUCUGUUGUUUCAAAUUUCAAAUACUUACGUGCCUUGAGAGUUAAUCCUUCUUUUAGAAAGGCAUUUGAUUUAUUUAGAAAAUUGAAGCAUUUAAGAUAUAUUUCCUUGUUUUAAACAGAAGGGGAUACCAUUCCCAAAGCAGUAAGUAAUCUUGUUUACUUACAAACAUUGCGAUUCAAUGAUGGUUCCCAAAUUGAGUUUCCUGAAAGUACGUGUUGUCUCAAAAUUAAUCAAUUUUAGACACCUUCGCAUGAAUAACUGGCUUUCUUCACUCACCAAUGUUGUUGAAAUCUCUCUUGUCGAUUGUAAACUUCGGGGUCACAUCUCACCAUUGGAACGUCUCCCGUUCCUUAAGUCACUAAAGAUAGAAGGAAUGAGACAGCUGGAGUACAUGUUUUUUGCUGAGGGUGGAACCGGGACAUUCUUCCCAUCUUUGGAGAGACUCACUUUUAGAAAAUGUGAUAUGCUAAGGGGAUGGUGCAAUAGGAGUGGUACUAAAUAUUCACAUCAUCUCUCCUUUCCUCGUCUUUCUCAUUUAUCAAUCUAUGAUUGUAAUGUGUUGUUUAGCCUGCCUACUUUUCCAAAACUUGAUAAGAGUUUGGCAUUGAGUUCAUAUCAUGAGGAACUAUUGAAAGCAACAUUACUAAACAUAGAGGCUGUUGAUUUUACUCCUCUUUCCAUGCUCAAAUCCUUGUCCAUUCCCGGCUUACUCAUGAAGAAGAUGGCACUCCCAAUGGAUUGGAUGAAAAAUCUGACUUCUCUCCAGAAUCUUGAACUCGAACGCUUUUCAGAGGAAACAUUUCAUGAAAUGGAAAUUUGCUUUAAGGAUGACUCCCACUGUUUUCCUUCUCUCAAAAAAGUUGUCAUGAUUGAGCCUGACGGCCUUGAGGCCUUGCCAGAUUGGAUAUGCAACCUCUCAUCGCUUCAACAUUUCACGAUUCAAUGUGCCUAUAGAUUCCUAUAUCUGCCGGAAGGAAUGCCUCGUCUUACCAACUUGAAGACACUAGAAAUCAUUGCACGCCCCCGCUAAUUGAAGAAUACAAGAAUGAAACAAGUGCAGCGAGGCACACAAUUGCACACAUCCCAAACAUAAUCUUAAAACAAAGAGGAAGUAAGCGACCAGGUCGUGGGUGCGGCAUGAAAUAUGGUUCUACAGCCUUGAUUGAUCAUUUCCCUUUCGAGUAGUGGAAACAAUCAUGGAAGAGUGCAAUAUUGUUCUUGAAUGAAUUCUCAGUUUGAAGAAGCAAGGCUCUGAAUUGAAGAAGGUCAUUCCAGCUCACAACAGCAGGUCAAGGAUCAUAAGUAUUCAGAAAAAGUAGGCCUCCAAGGUUAUGGAAGUUCUCUAUGAACACCAGUACAUGAGCAUACAGAUCGUACAAACUCUUGGGAAAGCAUGCAAUUAGAACAUAUUUGAAAAAUAUAAUUAUAUAGAGGAUUUCAGGUCAUAGAAGCCAAUCUGAAUUCCUAAAUGAAUCAGCUCUGAGAACCUGUCUGACGGCCUACUAUUUCAAGAUCUAAAUCCCUGCUUAACACCCAGCAAUGCUAAGUCACAAUCCAGGUUUGCAAAGAGAGAUGAAUGGACAACGCUUUGUGAUAAAUUUGCCUUAAAACUCAUGGGACUGGCAAUACAUUAGCUGCAACUCUGUUAUAUAUGGGCUGAGAAUAUUGAUAAAACAUAUGAAAUAUUAUUUUGACCUUUCGGGGAGGGGGACACUACAAAAAGCUAAAGCUAAAUUUUUGGUCAAAAAAGGAUUAGGAAGACUUACUGCUCAGGGAAAGACUUAAAAACAACUGCUUUUGAGAGUUUUCUCAUUCACUUAGUGGGUCCUUUUAUGGUACUGCUAACUAAUUCCAGUAACAACAGAAAGUUGAUGUGAAUCAAGGGCUGGAACUAGCUAACUUAUCACCCUAUUGGGUUUAUAUCAAAAGUACUACCAGAAUUCAGUAUCCACUUGCAGCAUGGUGUUUCUGGAAAUCAAUUUCCUGAAAGCUAUUGUCAGCCAUUUGAUCCUAGAUACAGAAGAGGAUAUGGUGCUCCCACUCCACACCAGCAACCCCAACAGCCUAAUUUGUUUGUUCCGGCGCAAACUACUCAGGCUCCCCAGCUGAACUUCUCAAAUAUUGCUGUCACACCACCUCCUUUUAGAACUUUUGGUCCUCACACUCCUCAGGUGCUCAAAAAUGUGGAGCAAUAUCAGCAGCCUACAAGAGGCGGCGGGAGAUAGGAGAUAAGUCGAGGAGAAUUGACAGCUUCUUUGCCAAGUUGAACAGCGGAGACAUCUCCAAAAUUGCCGACUUGUCAUUAACUUCACAUUAUUCUAUAUCUUGCGGUGUCUAAAGCCUUCACAUUGAUGGUUAUUAAAAGCUGUUGAGGAAAUUAUCAGAAAAAAAAUAGCAUAUUGUUUUUCGAGCCAAUAUUUGCAAGAUGGAAAACUUUUGAUCCUCGAACUCCCCCUGUGCUCAGAAAGAUUGAUGUUUCCUUCUGUUUUUAGAGAAUAUUGUAUCACACUAGUCCUGUAUGUAUUGAUUUAAUCAUCAAACAGCUGAAUAAUGUAGAUCAUGUUAUUUAAUCUUCCAUCAUAUGUGUAUUUAUUCUUGACGAGAUCAAGGAGAAUGUUUCCAAAUCAAUAAACCAUCUUUGUUUCAA